CUCGCCGCGUCGGUCUGGGUCAGUCCCGUACACCCGGCUUCCGAGGGCGCUGGCCACCGACCGCUGCGUCCGCACCCGGCCGCCAGCGCGAUGGCGCCGGCCGCACUGAGGGUCGCGGGGCGGCGGCUCAGCCAGCACAGCCGGGCUGGAGCCCCCGUCCUCCUCCGGCAGAUGUUUGAGCCCACGAGCUGCACCUACACGUACCUCCUGGGUGACAGAGAGUCCCGAGAGGCCAUUCUGAUCGACCCAGUUCUGGAGACUGCGCCUCGGGACGCCCAGUUGGUCAAGGAGCUGGGGCUGCGGCUGCUGUAUGCUGUGAACACGCACUGCCACGCGGACCACAUUACGGGCUCAGGGCUGCUCCGGUCCCUACUCCCCGGCUGCCAGUCUGUCAUCUCCCGCCUUAGCGGGGCCCAGGCCGACCUGCACAUAGAGGAUGGACAGUCCAUCCACUUCGGGCGCUUCGCCUUGGAGACCCGGGCCAGCCCUGGCCACACCCCAGGCUGUGUCACCUUCGUCUUGAAUGACCACAGCAUGGCCUUCACUGGAGAUGCCCUGCUCAUCCGAGGGUGUGGGCGGACGGACUUCCAGCAAGGCUGUGCUAAGACCUUGUACCACUCGGUCCAUGAAAAGAUCUUCACGCUUCCAGGAGACUGUCUGAUCUACCCUGCUCAUGAUUACCAUGGGCUCACAGUGUCCACUGUGGAGGAGGAGCGGACUUUGAACCCUCGGCUCACCCUCAGCUGUGAGGAGUUCGUAAAAGUCAUGGACAACCUGAACUUGCCGAAGCCUCAGCAGAUAGACAUUGCCGUUCCAGCUAACAUGCGCUGUGGGAUCCAGACCCUCCCUUCCUGACAUCGUCUCUGUCAGGUGCUCAUAUCUGUUAAAAAUGCACUAGGUGGGGUGAGGGGAGAGGUGCCAUCACUGGAUCCUCUCUCCUCUUCCCUCCCUCACCAGCUUGAGCUUCCUGAAUAAAAAAAAAUACUUCAGC